GUCAUGUGACGUCACAUUCCUCUCGCGUUACUUCGCGUGAAGUCUCGUGUCUCUCCUCUGACAGUUGGAAACAUGGCGGACGAGCACGGACGGAAAUGGGACCGCUGUCUCGCUGACACCGCCGUGAAAACAGUGACUGGCCUCGCUGUGGGCGUUGUGUUCUCCGUCCUUUUCUUUAAACGGCGCACAUGGCCUGUCGCACUGGGUUCAGGCAUGGGACUGGGCAUGGGAUACUCCAACUGCCAGCAUGACCUCAGGUCACCGUACCUGAUUCAUGGCCGCAUAGUUAAGGACCAGUAGUGAGAGACUAAAGAUGAGGAACCCAUGAAGUUUCUCAUCUGUUUUUGUGUUGUCCUUUGUUAUAUUGCUGCUCAUUUCUGUCCUGGCACUCAAGGGUGCCCACAUUGUGUUUCAUCAAAGGGCAGUUGGUGUAUAUUUAAUAAAGUGAUUAUGGAAAACUCCA